CUGCACAUGAAGGUAAUCAUGCUCAGCAUAGGAUCUUUCUAAGUUGUAAAUGCAAACUUUACACUUUAUUAUUAAUCUACGAUCAAAAUUUAAUUUAUUUUCUGUCAGAUCCAAUCAGCUUUAAGCCAUGGCGUCUGAUCAGGAGAUAGCGAAAGGGGUGGAGACGGUUCUCCGUCAGACAGACCCUAACGCCGUCAUCUCCCUAAACGGUGUCGUUCAGCAGCUCGAAGCUCAGCUCGGCAUGGACCUCUCUCACAAAGCCGCCUUCAUCAGCGACCAGAUCCACCUCAUCCGAUCAAAGACGCCGGCGCAGCCGCAGCAGAACCCUAUGCACUCUAUGUACCCUUUUGCCCUCCGGAACCACCACCACCAAUUCCAAACCACCCAACCCCAACAGCACUUCUAUUCCCACUUUGCCCUUCAGCAGCAGCAGCAGCACUACCAGCACAACACUGUGCCGCCGCUGCUUCCGCAGCAGAUCCGGCAAGUGACGAUGCAGCAGCCAGUGCCCCCAGCUCCGCCACCACGGCCUGCUGUUGUUCGGGUCACAGCUGCUCAGAAUGUGGUUCAAAAUGCCUCUCCUGCUCCCAAGGAAAGUACUACUACUACUACUACCACUACUACUACUGCCGGGACCAAAAGAAGAGGAGGAGCAGGUGGGCUGAACAAAGUUUGCGCUGUAACACCUGAGCUUGAGGUCAUUGUUGGUCAGCCGGCACUUCCUAGAACCGAGAUUGUGAAGCAGCUGUGGGCAUACAUCAGGAACCACAACCUGCAGGAUCCUGGAAACAAAAGGAAAAUCAUCUGUGAUGAGGCCCUGCGCUUAGUCUUUGAAACAGAUUGCACCGAUAUGUUCAAGAUGAAUAAGCUUCUGUCAAAACAUAUCCUCCCACUUGAUCCCACGAAACAACCCGGACAAGUUAAAAGAUUGAAGGUGGAGACUAAUUUGGAACCAAAUAAUUCAGAAUCUAGCUCGCACUCCGUGAUGAUAUCAGAUGCUCUUGCCAACUUCUUUGGAUCUUCAGAAAGAGAGAUGCUCCCAUCAGAGGCACUCCAGCGUGUCUUGGAGUAUAUAAAGGUUAACGACCAGGUGGACUCUACAGAUUCGAAAGUGAUUCAAUGUGAUGCGAAACUUCAGGAGCUGUUUGGAUGCAAAAGCAUUUCUACCAUGGAAAUACAUGAGAAGUUGGUGCGCGAUCAUCUGUUCCAUCCGCAAUGAUCUCUGCACCAGAGAAUGAUGGCCAGACCUGAAGCUGAACUGUAUCUUCUUUUAGUUUACUAAGCUGGUUAAGAAUAUUAGUGUCAACCCUAAUCAUGUAUUGUGGUCAUAUGGCUAAAUAUGUAUUCAUUUAAGGCACGAAUGAUGCCGAAUGCCUCGGUCUAGGUGUAAGUUGCCAGAUGUAGGAUUUGUACUGUAUCAUCUAUGGUGAAGAAGUAUCCACUAACAGAGUUUGUAGUAGUGAUUGAUUUUGAACAUCUUGUGUUGCACAAAAGGGGUGGGCAUUUCGCACAUUUCUUCUCAUCCCAUCAUCAACUAAUUCACAAUCUCACAUAAGUACUUAGCCACCUUUCAUUCCCCCUCAUCACUCGAUCACUCUCUUCUUUCAUUUUUUUUCUUUCUCCUUUUCACUUAAAAAAAUGGCUUCUGUUGAGGUGAUCUUAGCUUCACCUUAUUUUUCUUCUUCUUUUAAUUUCCUCAUUAGAUUCAUCAUUUUUCUUUAUGAUCAUUUGUUUUUUUUUCCAUAAUUUUUUUUCUUGUCUUAAAGUUUACAAGAGAAAGUUGAAUCAGUUCCAGCACCAAUCACAGAGAGUGUUAAAACAGAGGUUGAGGUGAGCCCCGCCGUCGUGGAACCCACGGAAGCGGUGGAAGCGGCUCCACCAGCCGCCGCCGAGCCGGAGCCCGUGGCGGAAAAGCCAGCGGAAGAAACACCACUGCCCGAAGCGGAAGUGGAAGCCGAGCCGGUGGUGGAAGCAGAGGAGAAAACAGAGGAGCCGGCGGCCGUCGAGGAAGUCAAGGAAGAAGCCGCGGCGGC